UUUAAGAAAACGAUUUAUGCCAGUAUAUUGGUACGAUUAUAAUACAUAAUUUUACAGUAAUGACUUGACACUGAACGAUAAUAUACAAACAGUAUAAUAUUUGUUUUGUUUUAUAUGAUUAUUUAUAUUUUCAAGUUAAUAUUUAGGGGGUGUAGGGGCCACGCCCCCACUAGUUACUUUUAUUGUAAUAUCAACUGAGGGCUACUAACAUUUUAGCCUUAGUCGCACCACUGUACACUGACACCAUGGUGGCUCUUCUAAAAUAACGUAACUCUAACUGCUACUUAUUGUCCAAUUUAUAAUAAAGAUACCAAGCAUUAGUUACAAUAUACUUAUGGGUUCAGUUGUUACGUUACGAACUGCAUGUGUAGGUCCGAUUUGGACAAGUUUUACCAAAGGUAAUGAAGAACAUAACAAACACUUAGUAUUUUGCAAUGCCUGUGGAAAAUCAUUCAAAACUUCAGGCAGUACAGGCACAUUAUGGAAUCACAUGCGAACCAAACACAAUAUAAGUGAUGGACUUUCUCAUGAUAAACCAAAAAAAAGAUUAUUAGAAGACGAUGACGAUGACAAUGAUAAUGAUCUGCAAAAUAGCUCGACACCAUCAAUUGAGACAGCUGAUAUUUAUGAUAAUAAGAGUAUAAAUACUGAAGUUAGCUGUUCACCAUCAACAUCUACAACAGAAGUAUCAGAAUCUGGAAACAUAGGACUAUCAAUGCAGCCAAAGAUAACAGAGAUGUUCUUUUCACCAUCUGUAUCAAUCAAACGACAGGAGCAAAUAACAGACAGUCUUGUAAAAUUUAUAGCCAAAGAUAUGCUACCACUCUCAACAGUGGACGGUGUUGGAUUUGUUGAGUUUAUGAAUAAGAUAUCACCAAAUUAUGAAAUACCAAGUCGGUUUACAAUCAAAAGAAAAAUUCAAGGACUGUAUGAGACAGAAAAACAUAAAGUAGCCACUGAAAUACAGAACAUAGACUCAAUAGCACUAACUACUGACUGUUGGACAAGUAAAGCUAUGGAGUCUUACAUAUGUGUUACUGCACAUGGCAUAACUAAAAACUGGAAAAUAGUCAAUUAUAUUAUUACAACUGAAUUAAUGGAUGAGCGGCAUACCAGCAUAAAUUUAAAAGACAAAUUAGUUGAUAUUAUGAAAGAAUGGGAAAUUGAUACAAAAACUAUAUGCAUUGUGCAUGACAAUGCUGUAAAUAUUAAGAAUGCCGUUACUGCAAUGGCUCCAAACAUUAAAAGUAGGACAUGUUUCGCUCAUUCAUUGCAGUUAUGUGUCAACAAAGGCUUGGAAGAAAAUGAAAUAAAACGAAUUCUAAUUACUGCAUCUUCAAUUGUUUCACACUUCAAACACUCAACAGUAGCAAUCAAAGCACUUCAAGUAGCACAGAAAAAAUUAAAAAUGCCAGAAAAAAAAUUAAUUCAGUCUGUUAAAACUAGAUGGAAUUCAAUUUAUGCAAUGGUUGAACGACUUAUUGAGUCUCGGCAAUGUGUAAGCAUAGUUUUAAAUGAUCGUAAUACCACAACUAGAACAACAGCAAUAUCACUGGAACUCGGCGAAAGUAAAUGGGAGCUAUUGGAGCAGUUAGUUAAAGUGCUCAAGCCUUUCGAUCUUGUUACUAAAGUCUUAUCAUCUGCAACAACCCCAACAAUAUCAAUUGUACAUCCUAUCUUAAAAAGCAUUGCUCAACACUAUUUGACUCCCAACGAAUCUGACCUACAUAAAAUUAAAAUAUUAAAAGAAACACUGUCACAAGAAUUUAAAGUAAGAUUUUUUAGUCAAAUGCACAGUGAUUCUAUAUUUCUUUUAAAUAUUGCUUCACUUUUAGACCCACGUUAUAAAAAUGUUUUUGAUGAUGAUAGUGAUAUUUUAAUUACCUUAAAAGAUUUUAUUAUGCAUCAAUUAAAUUAUGAAGAUUCUUCAGUUAAUGAUUCUAUUAAUCAGUCAAACUCUAUGGUAUCUGCGUUAGAUAUUUUAUUUCCCCAAAAUGAAAAUGGUGAAGAUGUAAAUCAACAAAAUGAGCUUGAAAAAUAUUUAAAGGAAAACUGUAUCAACAAAAAUGCUUGUCCAUUAACAUGGUGGGCUGAAAAUGGUAAAAGAUACCCAAUGAUUUCAAAACUUGCCAAAAAAUAUUUAUGUAUACCAUCAACAUCUACUCCGUCUGAAAGAGCUUUUUCCACUGCAGGAAACAUUAUAACUUCAAAAAGAAAUUGUCUAGCCGGUGAAACAGCCAAAUGGUUAAUAUUUCUUUCACAUAAUGCUAAAUUAUAAUUUAUAUAUUAUUUAUUAUUAUUUUAUUUGUUGUUGACUGUUGUAAUAAAUAUUAAAUGUAUUAUGUAUAAUGUAUAACAAUACUAUGUGCUAAUGAGCCAGAAUUUCUACAGUUCUUUAUAUAUACUAACAUAAAAAAUAUUAAUUGAUUAGAAAAAUCAAUAAAAUAAA